CAAUGGAGCCGCCUCGGAAGAAGCACCCGGCCAAGAUUGCGGCCAUCCACCCCGUCAACUUGUCAGCGUCGCCCGAAGCUAUCGAGCUCCCAUCGACGCUGCAGCAGUUUGCAGAUUUGCUCGAUGCGGCGCACCAUGAGUACAAUUGCGGCCGGUACAAGGAAGGGAUUAGCAUCUGCGAGCACUUGUAUGCGGCCGACGCGUCGCGCACCGACAACCUCCUUUUGCUGGGCGCGCUCCACUUUCAGCUGCGCAACUUCUCCGAGUCGAUCUUUUACAACCAGCAGUGCAUUCGCAUCGAGCCGCACUUUGCCGAGGCGUUUGGCAACCUCGGAAACGCGCUCAAGGAGAUUGGCGAUAUGAACGGCGCUGUCCAGUUCUACCUGCGCGCGAUCAAACUCAACCCGCGCUUCGCCGACGUCUACAACAACCUCGCGUCGAGCUACAUGCAAAUGGGCGCGACGCGCGAGGCCAUAGAGACGUACAAGAUGGCGCUCGUGCUGGACCCGUGCCUCGUCGAUGCGCACUCGAACCUCGGGAACCUCUACAAGGCGCAGGGUCUCGUCGAAGACGCCACCGAGUGCUACACGAAUGCGAUCCGCGUCAAGCCCAACUUUGCCAUUGCGUGGAGCAACCUCGCAGGGCUUCUCAAAGACGACGGGCAAAUCGACAAGGCCAUUGCGCACUACAAGGAAGCCAUUCGGCUCGCACCUGAUUUUGCCGACGCCUACAGCAACCUUGGCAACGCACUCAAAGAAAGCGGUCAGCCCACCGAGGCCAUCGAGGCGUACAAGGCUGCGAUCGCGCUGCGCCCCGAGUUUGCGAUAGCUCAUGGCAACCUCGCAAGUAGCUACUUUGACGCGAAUCAGAUCGAGCUCGCCAUUUCGACGUACCGAACCGCCAUCCAGCUCGAGCCCAACUUUCCCGAUGCGUACAACAACCUUGGCAACGCGCUGCGCGACAUUGGGCAGCUCGAGCAAGCGAUUAGCUGCUAUCGCACAGCGCUGCGGCUCAAGCCCGACCACCCGUUUGCGUACAACAACCUUGGGAACGCCCUCAAAGACAAGGGCAUGAUCAAGGAAGCGAUUCACUGCUACAUGACGGCCGUGCGUCUCAUGCCUCGCUUUGCCGCCGCGCACAGCAACCUCGGAAGCAUUUUAAAGGAGCAGGGCAAGGUCGAGCAAGCUGUUGCGCAUUACCAGGAGGCCAUUACGAUCGACCCCACGUUUGCGGAUGCGUUUAGCAAUAUGGGCAACGCCUACAAAGAGCUGCUGCGGCUCGAGGACGCGAUCGCAUGCUACAGCACCGCGAUCCGUCUCAAGCCAGCGUUCGCCGACACGUACAGCAACCUCGCGGUCGCCUACAAGGAUGGCGGGCGGCUCGAAGAAGCCCUUACGUGCUUUCGCAAGGCACUGAGCUUGCGGCCCGAAUUCCCCGAAGCGCUGGCCAACUAUGUGCACUCGCUCGCGAUCGUGUGCGACUGGCGAUCCCGCUCCGAGGACAUGAAGAAGAUUCUCGUCCUCCUCGAGCGCCAAAUGAGCACUGACACCAACUUGCCGGCGGUCCAGCCGUUCCAUGCACUCAUUUACGCGUUGCCCCCGACCCGAGCGCUGGAAAUCGCCAAACGGUUUGCCCAGCGCGCCAAGCUCAACGUGUCGCUUGUCGAGAUGACCAACGUCCGGUACCGCGCCAAGCGCUCGGACGAGCGGCUCAAAAUCGGCUACGUCUGCGCCAACUUUGGUAAUCACCCGACGGCGCAUCUCAUGGCGUCCGUCUUCGGCUUGCACGACACGACCCGGUUUGAAGUCACGUGUUAUGCGACGUCGGUCUCGGACCAAUCGCAGUGGCGUCGGCGGAUCGAAGCCGACGCGGAGCAUUUCAAGGACAUAAGCGCCAUGGCCAACGGCGACGCAGCCCACUUGAUCCACAAUGACGGCAUUCACAUUCUCAUCAACCUGAACGGAUACACCAAAGGUGCUCGCACGGAGAUAUUUGCAUUGCGACCGGCGCCCCUCCAAAUGGCCUACUUGGGCUUUCCGGGGUCUCUGGGGGCCGACUACAUCCAGUACCUCGUGGCCGACAAGGUGGUUGUGCCCCCUGCUGACGCCAGCGCCGGGUUUGUGGAGAAAAUGAUCUACCUCCCGCACUCGUUCGUUGUCAACGACCACAAACAAGCGUUCCAGAGUGUCCUGGACAUUGAGACGUGCCCGACGCGCGGCCAGUACGAAGUGCCAGAAGACAAGUUUGUGUUUUGCAACUUUAGUCAGCUCUACAAGCUGGACCCGGUGACGUUUACGAGCUGGAUGCACAUUCUCAAGCGCGUGCCCAAUUCGAUUCUGUGGCUUCUGCGCUACCACGGGGACGAUCUUGCCGAGACAAACCUCAAGGCCGAGGCUAAAGCCCAAGGGAUUCGAGAGUCGCGUCUCCACUUUACAGACGUCGUGCCCAAGGAAGAGCACCUUCGCCGCGGGUACUUGGCCGAUCUCUUCUUGGACACACCGACGUACAAUGCGCAAACCGUGGGCUGUGACAUUCUCUGGAGCGGCACGCCCAUGAUCACUCUGGAAGGUGAGCACAUGGCCGGCCGCGUUGCUUCGAGCCUUCUCCAAGCCGUCGACUUGCCCGAGCUCAUCGCCAAGACCAUUGAAGAGUACGAAGAACUGGCUGUCGCGCUGGCCUUGGACAUGGACAAACUGUGGGAAAUCCGCAAGAAACUCGAAGAAACCCGCACCACGUGCCCGCUCUUUGACACACAGCGCUGGGUGCGCAACUGGGAGAGCGGGCUUCUCUUGGCGUGGGACGCGCACGAGUCGGGCUCGUCUGGCGACCACAUUGACGUGCCUGACAUUGUCGAGCUCACAUUCACACCAUGACGCAGUCUUUCAAGCUAAAGUACUAUACUAUGUAAAUGUCCUCUCCAAGUACAUGUUCCUUUGUCC